UGGAUAAAUCAAUCUCAACAGCUAAACCUCUAACCGCACAUUGCUCGGUCGAUCGAUCACAUACCGUCACCGCCGGCCCUGCAGAAGAUGGCGGAGACGACGGUGGCCACCAACGCGGGCGCCGCGCCCUCGGAAGACGCGAUACGGGAGAUCCUCGCGCGCCUGGACGAGCCGUCCACCCUCGUCCGCUGCGCCGCCACGUGCAGGCGGUGGCGCGCCCUAGCGGCCGAGCCGGCCGUCCUCCGCCGCCUCUGGCCGGACCCGGACCGCUCCUUCGUCGGCGUGUUCACCAACGAAUGGCGCCGGGGAGAAGGGGUCUCCUUCGUCCCGGUGCCGGGAUCGGCCCUCGGCACCGGCCGCCGCCUCCUCAGCUCCUUCAUCCCCGACGCCCCCGGCGUAUCCGAUUCGGUGCAGCCGCUCGCCUCGCACCACGGCCUCAUCCUCGUGCGCCUCCUCCCGCGCGAGCCCGGCACCAUGCAGCUCGCCGUGUGCGAUCCGCUCGCCGCCACGUGGUACGUGCUACCCGCGCUAAGGGUGAGAGUAGCUUGCUACUUCCUAGGCUACGCCAUUGCAGUAACCGGCGGUGCCGAUCGGUCCUCAUCGUCUUCGCCGAGCCGCUUCAGAGUGCUAGUUCUCAGGACAGUAGUAGAGGAAUUUGUCAGAGAAUACAUUCUUCACGCCUUCUCGUUUGGCCAGCCAAGCUGGAGCGCUCCUACGAAGUUCCCUGGACAUGUGGAGUACAACAUCAACGGUGCCACUAUUGCCCACGCGGACGCCGCCAUGUGCCAUGGCGGUGUAGCGCACUGGUUAUUCAAGAAGUCAUCGGAAUUGAUCUGCAUCCUCGGUAUCAAUUCUGAAACUGCCCACGUUGCUGCGGUGCUGCUCCGGAUCCCAGGGAAGCACCACAAACAAAUCCGGCUUACAACCACAGCCGAUGGGACGCUGUUGUCACUAUGCGCUUACGAUAGAGACCGUCGGUUUGAGAUAUGGGAGCAGCAACAGAGAGACGAUGAUGGUACUGUAAGUUGGAUUCGCGCAAAGGUGUUGAAGCUAAGGCUGCCGCUUGAAGGAGCGCGGCUGAUGUGUUUGGGCGCGAGGAGCCGCAGGUUGCUCAUGAUGGACUGCCACCAGCGUGUCCAUGUUUUGCACCUCGAAGGUGGAGCAAUGGAGGAGAUGGAAGACGAGUUUUAUGACCCCAACCUCAUUGCCGUGCCCAUGGAGAUUGGUUGGACCAGCUUCCUCAUGUCUCGGCUUCGCCGCAUAAUUGGAGGAAGAACAUGCUGAAUGUUUUAUUCUUUUACUUUUCUUUUCUACGAUAUGCUAGGUUAAAUAAGUUGCAUUGGGUU